AUGGCUAAAAAUACAAGUAAGGGUGGAAAAGCGAAAACAAACGAAGAAGUGUUCGCAGGAUUUCAAAAUUUACGAAGUGAACAGAGACAAUUGGCAAAUAAAAUCUCCGAACUUGAAAUGGAUUUGAACGAACACAAGAUAGUUAUUGAAACACUUCAGGCAGUAGAGCCGUCGCGCAAAUGUUUUCGCAUGGUUGGUGGUGUGGUAGUCGAGCGCACAGUUGCUGAAGUAUUACCAGAAUUGGAAGUUAAUACGGAACGCUUACCUCAGGCAUUAAAGGCCUUACAUGAGCAGUUGGCAAAAAAAGGUCAAGAAAUCAAUGAAUAUAUAGAGAAGCAUGACAUUAAAGUCCAGCGUGGUGCAGAGCCAGCCAGUGAGAUCCAGACCCAGGAGAAUGCACCUGCCAAAACCAAUGUACUUGUUGCUAGCGGU